CUGGCGGGCCGUGCGCAGCAGGCACCCCCCCACGUCCCCAGGCCGCGGCGCUCGGGUCCCGCUGGGCUCCAGGCGCGGUACCCCGGGCACGGCCGAGCUGUUCCCAGCCGUGUCCGCCUGUGCCCCGCCACCCGCGCUCUCCCCUUCGCCCUUCGGGGGCACGGCCGGGGCACCCCGGGGCACGGACAGGCCGGCUCCAGCCAGCAAGCCACCGCGGGGAUUCCGCGCAGGACUCACCGGGAAGCCCCGAUGGGGAGCGGCGAGCGCUGCCCGGCAGAGCCGGGGGUCGCGCUGCGCGGGGUGGGGGGGAGCCCGGAAACCCCCGCCAGGCCGGGGUUUCCCCGCCGCCCCCGGGCUGACGCAGCCGGGCCCUCCGGGGGCGGCCCCCUAAGGACGGGCGCUAGCGGCCCCGCGCGCAGUGCCUCGGGCCGCGCCGCCGCGCACUGACCCGAUGGGAGCGGCGGCAGCGCGGGCGCAACGCGCGCUCUUGCCGGCAGCGCUGCUGGCGCUGGCGCUGAGUCCGGAGCCCGCGGCCGCAGUGCCGUGCGGCUCCGAAUGCCCAGCGGGUGAGGGCCGGCCCGGGCUGGGCUGGGGCGGGCCGGGGCGCCAGGCGCGGCCCCGCGGUAGCCACUCUCUGUCUCGGCCCGCAGGUACCUUCGUGGCGAGCGCGGACUGCUGGCGGGGCGAGCGCUGCCGGCCGUGCCCGCCCGACACGUUCUCCAGCGCGGCGGGACUCGACGUCUGCACUCUGUGUCGGAAGUGCGAAGGAAUAUUCAGGUAUUUAAAAGAAUGUACCUCAAAAAGCGAUGCUGAAUGCACGUGCAAGGAGGGGUACCGCUGCAGUGGCGACGGCUGCUCCCGCUGCGACCGGAGCUGCGGCGUGGGCCAGGAGAGCACCAGGAGCGGUUGCCAGGCUUGCCGCUACGGAACUUUUAACGAUCAGCCUGAUGGCUCCUGUAAAAACUGGACCAAGUGCUCUGCAAACCAGGUCCUGGAGCCUGGAACUGCAGCAAAAGAUGUCAUUUGCAAACACACUUCAGAUAAUCCCACUUUAGUCACUACUCUGUAUACCACGGCUCCUGCAAUUCCAUUUUCUAUCACUGUGCCAGGGAAGGACCUCCAGAUGGACAUUAUCAGAAUUUCUCUUGCUGUAGCUGGGCUGUUGUGCGUAGUGUUUCUGCUACCUUCAUGCAUAUGCUUCAGUAUCUGGCAGAAAAAGAAACUACACGCUGUCUUCAAGAAAAUGCAUACCACAUCUGAACAGUCAACUCAGGAAGAUGACGCCUGCAGCUGCCGCUUCCCAGAGGAAGAACAAGGUGAAUAUCAGGAUCAUGGCAAAUCCACAGAAUUCGGAGAUCUUUUGGUGAACUAGGAAUUAGACUGACCAGGUCAUCCACAUUUGAAUUUCCUUUUGGAACAGGGACCCAUUUAUAUAAAUAGAGGGUAUCAGAAUUUGUGAAUUUCUGAGGGUUAAAUAGCCACUGAGGAAAAAGUGGAUCUUUUCCACCUCUCAAAAAAUAAACAAAAAAUAAUUUUUUUAAGAAAGCUCUAGUUUGCUGACUUCAUUUUACAACUAGGAAUUAUAUUUCUAAAACGUGGUACUUGAUCUACAUGUAGAAAGAAGUUCUGCAGUUACUCAGAAGUAGUAAUAGAAGGGCAGAAUGGGUUUCUGAUCCCUCUUAUAAAUGGUGCCUGAACCAUACAUGCAGUCUGAAAGCAUUUGACACUGAGAAGAAGAUCUGUAGCACAUAGUGGAGCCAUAUGCAACACUCGUGGUCUCUAUUACCAUUUCCAGCCAUCAUCAUGGGGCUUGAGCUCCUCGUAAAGUUUGGCUCAAACCCCAAAGUCUUUGGUUUCAUGUGCAAAUAGAUAGACCUCAUUUCAGGUCCCAUCAGCCCUAAAAACAGAUACCUGGCCUGACCCCUGCAUACCUUAUAUGUAGGAGAGAGGAAGCCAUAAAGAUCUAGAGCUGCGAAGUGUUCCAUAAUAGCUUGCAUCUGCUGUUGUAUUACACUGAUUGGCUUCAGAGAGGCAGUGGAAACACUGAGAAAAGCUGUGGUUGACUUGGUCUUAGCAAUAGAUGUUACUGUGCAGCUGGACUGCACCACCUUCAGCGCUACAUCAUUCAACUCUGAUCUUUUAGGUGAUGCAAACAUGUACGUUGCAGAUGUGAUACAUUUCUGGUACUAUUUUUGUAACCCUGAGGUUGGAAAGAUCUUAACAUCUAUCUCUUUGAUCAAUUUCAAUUACUGUUACUUUCGUCUUUUAGAGAAAAAAGAAAUGCAUGUUUGAGUCAUGGCAUUCACAACAUUUGCGACCUUCUACAAACCCAAAUAUUUUAUUUCUUCAGUAAAUGUUAUUCAAAAAAUAGAAUGAAAACCCACCAAUGCAUCACGUAAAGGGUGAUUUUCCCCUCUGUGUGAUUUCAACUUGGAGAAUGCUGUUCUUGUGUUUGAAGAAUGACAGCUCCUCUCUUCAUGCAGCAGCAGAUUACAAUAGCAGAUUUUCACCAGACCACACAUUCCCAUUUUGAUAAGCUUGUAUACAGUAAAUAUAAAACAGUAUGUGAGAAAAUAAACAUGAUACUGAAGCCUGAACUGUGAAGUUCAGCAUAUUUAAAUAAACCUUUCUUUUUAUCCCUA